UUUUAUUGAUAUAUAUAAUUGUAGUAUAUUGUUUACUAAAGACGUUUCUGUAAUUAUUUGUGAGAUCAUCUUUCAAGAAUUCAUAAUGGAGCUUCAUAACUUGGAUUUAAUAAUAUUCAGUGAAACAAUACGGCAUGAAAUGCAACAAUGUAAACCACCUAUGAUUCGACACAGAAGACCAUUAAUUAAAGGUUAUGCUGAUGUGUUUGUUGGUACAGAAGCUAUUUUAUGGGCAAUAAAAACACUUAGUACUCAUGAGGACAAACCAGAUUUAUUAGAUCGUGUUAAUGAAAAUUGCAAUCCGAACACAGAAAAUGAUUCACCUGCAACUUCAACAAACAUUACUGAAAGUCAAGCAAUAACAUUGUUUCAAAAACUGAUGGAUGCUGGGUUGUUAAGAAAUGUGCAAACAUUUCAAGGAUUUAAAAAUGAUCGUUCUCUAUAUCGGUUUUCAUGUGAUGAUGAUAAUGCUGAUGAAACGGUCUCAAGUGUUGCAUUGGGGUUUCGAAUUUACAAAGGGGCAAUUUGCAACAACUGCCAGCUGUUUCAAAAAGUUUUUAAGUUUGGGAAGCUGUUUACAAGUCAAGGUAUGAAGUCAUCUGACAUAACAGCAUGGUUGGUGGAUACAGGUUAUGCUGAGAACCAAGAAGCCGCUGUUACCUUGUGUAGACACUUACAUAAACAGGGAAUUAUUGAACCAGUGGAUCAUGAGAAUAUGCUGUUUGAGGCGGGAGGUUCUUUCUACGUGUUCACGGUUGAUUAUUCCCGACCCCCCAUACCCAUACACAAGUUUCUUUCAUCAGGAAUCUCAUACUCCAACGUUGAAACCGCACAACGCAAUGCCAGGAUACACUUAAGACAAACAAGCGACCAACUCAUGGACCUGUCGAUGUACAGCAGCGCAAAUAAAGUGCACAGAAAAAAAGGAUCGUCAAAAUCGUCUGACGAUUCAGGAAUUCACGUGAAAAGCUCAUUACCUUAUGAAUCGUUAUUAGACGAUGAUGGAGAAGUUACAAAGGAAGCUUUGCUUCACCCAGAGGCUCCAUUUGCAAGAAAAGAGUUAAAAAUUUAUCCCGAUGGUGUAGGUUAUGGCUUCGUAGUACGCGGUAGUGGUCCAUGUUAUGUGAAAAUAGUGGAUCCCGAUUCACCUGCUGGUAAAGCUGGUUUGGAGGCUCAGCAAUACAUUAGCGAAAUAAACGGAAAGAAUGUUCUUCACCUUCCCCAUAAAGCAAUCGAAGAUCUAAUAUUGAAUGGACCGAAAUAUUUAACCAUCGUUGUACUUAGCUCUGUAGCCCCAUCUGCCGACGGUGUAAAGCUAGAGGAGGCUUCCCCUUCAACACCUUCGGUGGUUAGCAGGAAACCUCGAGUAAGUUUACCAUCUGCCCAACCUUGGAUGAAGCAGCAACCAGCGAUUGUUAAUUAUACCGAGAUAAGGUACCAACCCCAGCAACAUGUAACGGAAUAAUCAUUCACUGAACAUGGGAUGUUCUGGUUGAUGACGUCAUUCGGAGCUGCGCCAAGUGCGAAUAUGUUCGUGUGAAGAUGAGUUGUGUUUCAGUUCAAUCAAACUUUCAUUCCAAUCCAAUCCAACCAAAACCAAAUCUUAGUUUUAACAUGUUGUAAAUAAGUUUCUAUUAUGAAUUCUGGAUUCCAUCGACGUUUAAAUUCAAAUAGUCUGCCUCAGUUUAUAUGUUGCUUCAUAUCCGUGAUAACACAUUCAUCACUGAAGUUAUAUAUAGUAGGAUGGGGUAAGACGGGACACCUUUUCAUUCUAUUUUCUCAUCCUAUUUUAUCGCAAACAAAGAGUAGUUACUUGUUUAAAACUCAAUUCAUACACUUGUAUUUAAUGUGCUAAAGCUGUCCCGUCUUCCCCACCCUAUUAUAUACCUCCGUUUUUUUUAGUUAUUUUUAUAAAUAGUUCUAGUUUAUUCAAUCAGUGCUCAUAUAUCGGUGUCGUUGACAAUGGCUUGAACCUACUAACAUCGAACCUCGAUAAACUAUGUUCCAUUUUUAUUGCUUUGUUUUGCUUGAUUGUUUAACUUUUAACGUAUACGCCUCAUUCACAUAAAUGCUUUUAGUGCUAUUUGUUUUGCGUGUCAAGUGUUACUUGUAUGAAGGAAUGGCUUAUUUGUAGUUAAUAAUUAUAAAAGGGAAUCAUUGAGAA